CCAGUUUGCCCGAAAAACCUAACAAUAAAACUGACUUCACCUGAUACGGUCUCCUUAUCAUGGAAGUACGGCAGCCAUGAUGGAUUACAGCCAACGUUCACCAUAUUUAGACACGACGAGAGUCCAGGGGGGUCACAGGACAGCAGAACAAAAGUGGCUGAAGUAAAUGGGACAAAGGAAGAUGACAUGGAGUACAACAUCACGGGGCUUUCAAAGCUGAGCCGCUAUAGUUUCUCACUGGGUGUCAGGAACAAAGCCGGGGAGAGAGCAUGUCCGGAAGUUAGCGUGAAUGUUACCACAGACGCUGGGGAAGGUAAGUCGACUACAAUUCUUUCAAUUAGAUAUUACACAACUAAUACAACUGCAGUGUCCUUACGAUGAUCACACGAUUUGAGUUUAUUAUUAUAUUAUUUUACCUGUAAUUUUUGUUUGAAUUAAAUGAAAAUUAAAUAGCAUCUAAAUUAUUUGAAGAAAAAUAAAAUAUUUCCUGUUUGUAAUUUAAAAUAUCGCAUAUUUCCCAUUGCUAAUGUACCUUUUUUUUUUUAAAGUUUAAAAAAUAUAUAUAUAUGAGCUUUGUCCAUUAACAACAAAGACAAAUGUAAUUCAUUUUGUUAAAUGGUAAUUUUAUUUAUUCAUAACAGUAUUAAUAAAUUUCUAAUAUCAAUUAAGAAUAUUUCACUUAAAAUUUUUGUUUUAAACUGUUUUGAAAUAACCGUACGUUUAUAUUCCUCAGUCUCAACAGCUAUCAUUCCAAUGAGGCGUUCUGGUCCAAAUGCAGUUCCGAUCAUCAUUUCUAUUGCCUGUCUACUACUUCUCGCCAUUAUUAUCGUCAUCAUUGUAUUGAUAAUCAGAAGGCGGCAAGGUGGCUAUAAGACAGGUGUGUCAUUUAUGCUUACCAGGUUGAAUUUGAUCGGGUUUGACAGAACUCAGUUAAAUAGUUGAAGACUUUACCAAAAUAGGGUGUCUUCGGAGCAGUCUACCACUAGAACAUGGUGCCAUCAGUGCAGGGUGCCAUCAGAACAGGGUGCCAUCAGAUCAGGGUGUCAUCAGCUUAGGGUGCCAUCAGAUCAGGGUACCAUCAGAAGAUGGUGUAUUCAGAACAUGGUGCCAUCAGAACAGGGUGCCAUCAGAACAGGGUGCCGUCACAUAAGUUUGCCUUCAGAACAGGGUUCCAUCGCAUCAGGGUGCCAUCAGAACAGGGUGCCGUCACAUAAGUUUGCCUUCAGAAUAGGGUUCCGUCGCAUCAGGGUGCCAUCAUAGCAGGGUUUUUAAUCUCUCCCAAUAGCACUGAAAAACCCUACAAGUAUUUAUCAUGGUCUACAUUUUCUGCGGUUUCACUUGAGAGGAGUUUUUCAAAACUGAAUAGUAUUAGAACUAUUUGCGCUUUACGAUGGAACAUUUCCAGGCCUUCUGGUCUUGCGAUUUUGUCAAUUAAAGGAAAUAGGGUGAUGACUGGUGAUUUUGAUGAAGUAGCUGACAUGUUUGCAUCUUUGAAGACCAGUGGGGGAGGGGGCGGAAAGGUUUUACUGUUAAGUAAAUGUUUCAAUACAAUACAAUUUUUUUAAAGGGGUUUUAAACGCUUUCCAAAGGCAUUAUAUGAUGUCUUCUCAUGUCUUUUGUUGCUUUUGGACUUGCUUUACAACAAUAAUUUAAGCAGUUCUGUAUGAUCCAGAUAAGAAUUAGUCAGUGCAGGUCCCGGGAAGGGGGUGCGUAAGAUGUGAGCGCGGUGGCGGGACACCAUGAGUUUGCAGCAUGGGAUGACACGCAACCCUAGUGAGGCUUCUGGUCGUAACUUGUUGACACAUCCUCGAAAGGCUUAUGCGGCCCAAUCCUGGGGUGACAGUCUCAGAUGCAGUGUUUGCAAGAAAACCCUAAAAUCUGGUUUACUCUGGCCUUACGUAAAUUAAAUGUAAGAUACAUGUUCAUCACGACACAUUGUGUUUAAACACUGACACAUCUCAAACCUAGCAAUUUGAACUGUAUCACGUUACUGCAACGAACACUGAGCUUUUACGAUUCUCAACAACAAUUUAUAAAAAAAUAAUAAAAGUAUACGUAACCACUGGAUAUAUUAACAAAUGAAGUGUACUGUUUAAAGAUCGAUUGUUUAAAGCAGCAAGAAAGAACAGUAAUAAUUUUAUUAAAAAUACAUUAAAUAGGCCAUUGACACAACUAUCUUAAAUAUUUUGGAUUCUAACAAAAAAGAGUCAAAUUGUGAUGACUGUUUCAAAAUAAAACUAGAACUCGGUAACGAAACAAACAAACAAAAUAAUACUUUGUUCAAAACGCAAACGUACACUAAGUAACUCGGUUUUUUUUUUUUUUUAAACAAAAUUUUUUCGGCAAAUGUCUUAUCAGACUAAUUUUAGAAAGCUACGAAAAACUCUUAUAACAAAGAUUUACAAGACUGAAAAAAAAACGUGUGCAAAUAGCAAAAAAUCAAAACAUGUUAUCUUAUGAUAAAAAAAAGUCUGUAAACAGAGCAGGGUGUCACAAGAGCUGGGUUGUUGUUUUUUAAUCUCUCCCAAUUCUGUCAUUACGCCUACAAUAAUUUAUCACGGUCUCCGUGUCUGUGGCAUUCCGUGGGAUGAGCUUUUCAAAAUAGGUUACAUUUGUUGUUACGUACCGUUCUAAUGAGUAGAGAAUUUAAUCUCUUUUUUUUACUGCAUUGCUUAUAAUAAAAUAAGACAUAACAAAAGAGGAUACCAUGAAGUACAAACAAUAAUAAAGAACAACACCCAAAACAAGGGCUAAUUGCAAAUAAUUAAUUAAUUAAGUUUUUUUUUUUUUUAACUGAUGAUGAGUAAAGAUCUUUGGUACCAUUCAAUAAACACAUAUUUCGAUCCCUCUUUUAUAGACUUUGUCGUAAGUCAUUUAUAGAUACAGUUGUAUGCCAUUUAAAAAAAUUGUAUGAUGUUAUAGACAAGGUUUGAUGUCUUUAUAGAUGAAUGCCAUUUUAAUCACAGUUUUAUUGCUUUAUAUACAGUUGUAUGUCAUUAUAGACACAUAUGUAGGUUAUUAUAGACAGAGUUCUAAGCCUUUAUGACACUACAGUAUGUCAUUAUAGAUACAGUUGAAUGCCUUUAAAGAACAAGUGGAUGUCAUUACAUUAAAGACCCAGUUGUAUAAAUGACCUUCAUUUUCAGGUCAUCACUCCUCAGUCCCAACCGUUGACUCCGCUCACGUCAAUGCAGCUUACACGGAGUGUGUUCCUACAGAGCCAAACGUUGAACACCCGUACCAGCAGUUCGUCCCUGACUCAUCAGGUGACGUGAUUUGGACAUCCACAGACGAUGGAUAUUUGCUGCCCAAUGACUGUGUCCCAAGCGUUGAACAAACCAACGCUGACGGUGCCCUGUUCUUAAGCCAGCUUCCCGUUUCUUCAAACGAGUCAGAAUACGAACAACUGGAGGAUCAGAUUUUCAGUUAA